CGCACAAAUGUUGGCACGCAAUUCAAAGCUGAUGACUCUGCGGAGGGACCAAUCCUUACAAGAAACUCACACCCACAUCCCUCAGUAUAAAGGAAGUGAGAGAGAUCUGUGUUCCCUACACUCAACUAUAACAUCCUCCUUAAGGCACUUAGCAAGCAGGGCUCUUUGAUAGUAUAAUGUCUUCUUCCUACAGCAUCAGGCAGACCACUUCCUCCUCAGGUUCUUCCAAGGGCCACAGCUUAGGUGGUUAUGGUGGUGGGGGCUCUAGUAGGGUCUCUUUAGUUAAUCAAAGGGCCCCAAGCAUCCAUGGUGGCAGUGGUGGUUACUCUAUAUCCACUGGGGGCCUGGGUGGAAGCUUCCUGUCCAGCUGUGGUGUUGGGUCUGGAUCUGGUGCUGGUUACAACUCUGGCUAUAGCUAUGGUGGGGGCUUUGGUUCCAAUUCUGGUUUCAGCUAUGGAUCUGGUGGAGGGGAUGCCCUUCUGUCAGGAGGAGAGAAAGAGACCAUGCAGAACCUGAAUGACCGAUUGGCUUCCUACUUGGACAAAGUCCGCUCCUUGGAGAAGGCCAAUACCCAGUUGGAAAUUCAGAUCAGAGAGUGGUAUGAGAAGCAUGGACCCAGCCCAGCCCGUGACUACAGCCAUUACUACAAAGUCAUUGAGGAGCUCCGCAACAAGAUCCUUGCUGCCACAAUGGACAAUUCUGCCACUAUUCUGCAAAUUGACAAUGCCAGGCUGGCUGCUGAUGACUUCAGAACCAAGUAUGAAACUGAAUUGUCCCUCCGUAUGAGUGUCGAGGGUGACAUCAAUGGUCUGCGCAGAGUUUUGGAUGAGCUGACCCUAACCAGAUCAGACCUGGAGAUACAAAUUGAAAGCCUAAAGGAGGAGCUGGCCUACCUGAAGAAGAACCACGAAGAGGAAAUGAAUGCCCUGCGUGGACAGGUUGGUGGUCAGGUCAGUGUGGAGAUGGAUGCUGCUCCUUCUAUCGACCUCAGCAAGAUUAUGACUGACAUGAGAGAACAGUAUGAAGCCUUGGCCGAUAAGAACCGCAAGGAAGUAGAGGCCUGGUACCUUAAACGGACAGAAGAACUGAACAGAGAAGUCACAAGCCACAGUGUACAGAUCCAGUCCAGCAAGAGCGAAAUCACAGACCUUAAACGUACCUUUCAGAGCCUAGAAAUUGAGCUGCAAACACAACUGAGCAUGAAAUCAGCGCUAGAGAACACACUGGCAGAAACAGAAGGCAGGUACUGUGUCCAGCUGUCACACAUUCAAGAGCUUAUUGGUGGUGUAGAAGCUCAGCUUGCAGAUUUGCGGUCAGACAUGGAACGUCAAAGCCAUGAAUACAAGAUUCUCAUGGAUGUGAAGACACGUCUGGAGCAAGAGAUUGCCACCUACAGACGUCUCCUUGAAGGAGAAGACAGCCACCUGUCCCAGUCUCACAAAGACGUUUCUCAAACCACACGCAAUAUUCGCACUAUUAUCCAUGAAACUGUUGAUGGGAAAGUUGUCUCCACUCAGGAGAAAGUUCAUCAAUCAAGCUAUUAAUUUAAAAGACCUCUCAGAAUCCAGUAAUCUCUUCACACAAAAGCCUAAUUCAAGAACCAAAUAGGCAUCAUGACAACAAAAGAUACAAUACAUUUACACAAUGUGUGUUAAUAAAUCCAUGUAUGUAUUUUUCUGGAUUCUGUCUGAGGGAUCAUCAUUGCCAAAUCUAUGUGCUUUAUCUCAAACAAAUGCAUUUUGAGAUAUCCCUCCAAUAUUUCCUUCUUUCUCUAAUAAAGUCCUGUGCUUCAUUCAUGCA